AUAAUGAAUGAUAAAUCCAGUAAAUUGAUUUUAAUUCCAAUUUUAGCCGUUCUGUUUGUAAUGAUAGGUUAUCAGUACAUUUGCCCCGCGGGCGGUAACUCUUGCCACCUUGCCACAAGGACUGGCGAUAAACUGGGGGAAAUCAGCCCCCCUUCCACCCAAUAUCCGACAGUCGACGAGUUAGACCGGAGCCAAGAGCUCGAGGAGGACUGUCCUCCGAAAUAUGUGUCGAAAUUCAACUUCACUGAACGGGACCUCAUACGGCAUGUUGAUUUCAAUAUUAAAGGAGACGACGUGAUGGUGUUCCUACAUAUUCAGAAGACAGGGGGGACUACAUUCGGCAGGCACCUAGUCAGGAAUAUUCGUUUAGAGCAACCCUGCGACUGUAAACCAGGGCAGAAGAAAUGCACUUGUCAUCGACCGGGGAAGGAUGAGUCCUGGCUGUUCUCUCGUUUUUCUACCGGUUGGAGUUGCGGUUUACAUGCUGACUGGACUGAAUUAACAAACUGUGUUCCUGCUAUGAUGGACAAAAAAGAGGCUCAAAAGAACAGAAGGAACUUUUACUAUAUCACCAUGCUGCGGGACCCCGUGUCGCGUUACCUGAGUGAGUGGAAGCACGUGCAACGAGGCGCCACCUGGAAGACGGCUCUGCACAUGUGCGACGGACGCUCGCCCACCCCGGACGAGCUCCCGGCCUGUUACCGCGGCGACGACUGGUCGGGAGUGUCGCUGACUGACUUCAUGUCCUGCCCGUCCAACCUGGCCAACAACCGUCAGACGCGCAUGCUGGCCGACCUCAGCCUGGUGGGCUGCUACAACCUGUCCUCUAUGAACGAGAGCGAGCGCCAACAAGUGCUGUUGGCCAGCGCCAUGCGAAACCUCAAAAGCAUGGCUUUCUACGGCCUGACUGAGUUUCAGCGGAAGACGCAGUACCUGUUUGAGCGCACCUUUGGCCUACGGUUCAUCGCUGCCUUCACGCAGCUCAACAGCACGCGUGCCUCCAGCGUGGAGCUGGGUGAAGACGUGUAUCGACGCAUCAGGCUCCUGAAUGUUCUGGAUGUGCAGCUCUAUGAGUUUGCCCGAGACCUCUUCCUGCAGCGUGUUCAGUGCGCCCGCCAACAGGAGCGCUGGGAGGAGAGGGUAAGGAGGCGUGAGGAGAGGAGGAGGCUGCGUAAACAGAGGGGCUCCCAAACCAGACAUCAGCAGCAGCCCAUGACUGCUGUCACCACAGAGGACUACACCAGCCAGGUGGCUCGCUGGUGA